AUGACUCAAUCAGAGGGUGUGGUGAUCAAGGACCGGAAGAGGAGUCGAAGCAAGCACCAGAAUGGCCACAGCGGUUCAAGCGACGGCAGCGAAGCCGAGACCGCGAGCCAGUCCAGCAAACGAAGCAGCAGAAAGCGCAAGGGUGACGACGAUGCCAAAGUCAACGGCAACCACUCCAAGAAGCAGCGCCGCCCGAGCCUGAGCCAGCCUGCGCGCGACCCCCGAGACACUACGACGUCCAAGUCCAAGAAGAAGUCUUCCAAGCCCAAAUAUGAAGGUCUAGUAACGAGAUCACCGAGCCCGGUGAUUGACUUUGACGGUCUGAGUCGCCCGAGCCUCGGAACCCGUGAACGACUAGACGAGUCCCCCGAGCAGGCCGCAAUCCGCCUCGACAGGAUGAAGGGCGCCGUCCGGACCAUCCUCGAAUGCGUCGGCGAAGACCCCGACCGGCCCGGCGUCCUCGACACCCCGAGACGGUACGCCGAGGCGAUGCUCUUCUUGACCCGCGGCUACCAGCAGAAUGUCAAGGAUAUUGUCAACAAUGCCAUCUUUCAGGAGGGCCACAACGAGAUGGUUAUUGUCAAGGACAUUGAAAUUUUCAGCAUGUGCGAACACCACCUCGUCCCAUUCACCGGCAAGAUGCACAUUGCCUAUAUUCCCAAGAACCAGGUCAUUGGCCUGUCGAAGUUGCCCCGCAUUGCAGAAAUGUUCAGCAGACGUUUCCAGAUCCAGGAGCGUCUGACGAAGGAGGUCGCCUACGCCAUCAUGGAGAUUUUGAAGCCCCAAGGCGUCGCCGUUGUGAUGGAGUCUAGCCAUCUGUGCAUGGUCAUGCGCGGCGUGCAGAAGACGACAGCUAGCACGAUAACUAGCUGCGUGCUCGGGGCUUUCGAGAAGAAGGAGAAGACCCGGAACGAGUUCCUCAGCUUGGUGGGGUUGAAGACAUAG